UGAGAGUACAGAUUGAAAGUGUUUUGUAUUUCAAUUACACUGUGCUUAACGCAUAUUUGUGUGCAUUACUGUAAUAUAUUUGAAGAUUUGAAGUGAGUAACUUUGGAAUUUGGUGUUUACUCUGGAGAUGAUGCACAAUAAUUAUAUAUGGUUGUGUGUGGUUUAUACAUAAAGUCAGACUAACUGAAGAUUUGUUCGUCUGAAAAGAAACCUGAACCAUUUUUUUGUCAACCUAACGUUUGAAACUUGGCGUCUCCAUACGGCGGCACAGUGGAAGAGCAGUUAUCUCAAGAAUGGAAGGACUUAUCUCAACAGAUUGUGUCGUAAGGUGGACAACGACGGAGAUUGAAAAUUGGCUUAAAACGCUGGGAAUGAAGAAAUAUUUUACCAAGUUUAAGAGAAAUAUGAUUAGUGGAGAAGUUCUUGUUCAACUCGAUGAUAUACUGUUAGAUGAUCUUAAGGUCACUGACACUAAAGAUCGAGAGAUUUUGCUGAAUGCGGUGGAAAAGUUUACGUCUGUCAACCAACCUUCGUCAUUUCUAAUGACGUCAUUUUCUGAAGAGAAGGAGUGCAUCAAUCCGAAAUCUGAGCCAGAAAUGGAGGUCGUUACAAAUGGUGUAGUUAAACUGAAGGAAGAUUUCGUUUCAUCGCCAUCACUUGCCAAAUUGCUGCCAACCAUUGGUGAAGAAGAAGAAUCUCCCAAAGGCACCGAAAGACUUCUUAUAAAUGAAAGUAAAGCAGUGAUUAUGAAAUAUGAAGGUGAAAAUGAUGAACAUGAUCAUCAUACAACACACGAAGCACUUCCUCUAGAAGCCAGUAACACCGAGAAAAAAAAAGAGUUAACACUUGGAAUGGUCGAUGAUACAGACAAAGAGACUUACCAAUCAAAUGCCAUCAGUGACUGUCAUGAAGUGGCAUCAAGGGCAACGGAGAUAGUUCAAGUCUUUUCCGAGGAAAAUAUGUGUUUGAGAAAGAAACUUGAAAAAUGCUAUCAAGAAAUCAAACAUUUAAAGAGUGUAGAGAAGGAACUGCGUGAAAGUCAAAUCAUGUACAGCGAUUUAAAAAGUGCGUUCAUCAUUCGCGAACACAAAGAGAAAGCCAUGAGAUCACGCAUGGAGGCAGAAAUCGUCCAGCUGAGAAUUACAAACACUGAACUCAACGAUGAAUUAAAGAAACUAAAAGCUCUCAAAUCCGAGAUUGAAGUGCAUGAUCUUAGAAAUCAAAUAAACCAAAAGGAUGAUCAAUUAAAGCAAUUACAGAAAGAAAAAAAAUUUUAUAAGUCCUCGUUGACGAACUUAGAGAAAAUGUUAAAACAGAAAUCAUCCGAGAUACUAAUGUUGCAGAAGCAGCUCAAAGCACCGUGCAUGAAAAAUAUUUCGACUUCUUUGACAAAGGAAAACAAUAAUGGAGAAAAUGGAGAAAACAAAAUAUCAAAUGACUUUUCUGAGCAAUUUCAUGAUUCAAUGUUAAGAUCUUCCCUUGGAAGAACGGCUACAAAAUUUGAAGAUAGGUUCCAUCAAAGGAAAAAUGACAGAAAUGCACCCAUGAAUUCAAAUGUGUCUGUCCUCAUCGAGCUGCUCAAAGAAAAAGAUGCUCAAAUUAUGAAAUUUCGAGAGGAAAUCAACGACUGGGAAAUAUUGCAAAAACGACGACACUCAAAACGAAGAUAUUCCGAUCUAGAAACAGAAAUACGGACCUUGCAUGUUAAACUUGCAGAAAAAGAUGCUCAGAUUAAAAUACUUGAAUGCAAAUAUGGAGAAAACUACGCUGACUGCAAACAACUGUCUACGCCAUUCAGAAUUCCUUCUUUUGAAAUUCAUUCAUCUACGUCCUCGUACCAGGACUCUGGAAUCAUUACCGUGUCUGAUAGCCAUGGUUAUGAAGAAAUUCAAGAAACACAUAAUUCUAAAGACGAAAGAAGUAGUGAAGAGCCGCUGCGUCAUCGAAACUCUGAUUAUGACUUGGCUCAAAGAAAUGAACAUGAGAAAACAAUUUUGAGCGAGUAUUGUUGGUUUGUGUGAGAAUAAAUUCUUACAACGUGUAAGUCAUCUCCUUACACUGUAGAUGUACAAUUAACUGUCAAAGUGCACCCUUCAAUCUUCGCAAUAGUACCUUUGCUUUCAUCGGAUACGUCGAUUGGUAUUUGCUAGUGCCGCGUUCAAAUACAUACAACAAUUAACAUAUAAGUUUUGGAUUGUCAGUAAAUGAAAUCGAUCCAGACAUGCAGGGUAAGUCUAAAAAAAACGGAAAAAUCUUACGACAUGUCAAAAAACGUUGCAGCAGAGAAAAAUCUAGUCAAUCUAACAUUUCUUCCUAACGUGUCACACGUCAAGGUAUACCACGUUUAUUGAAGGUUUUGUUUUUAUCUGCUAGCAGUAAAGUGAGUAGUCAGUUUCGCGAUUUUCCAACUAUUCAACGGUAGCAGAAUGAUUUCAUGAAAUUUGAUACAGUGAUCUCUGAGACAGUUUAAAAGUGUGUAUGUGGUGGUGGUGGUGGGGGGGAGGGAAGGAUAGCAUAAGAAUUCCCACUCUAUAAGGACACUUGAAUGUCAUCCAACAAAUUUCUGCUCCACGCCACGAAAAGUCUCUCUCUAUUCUGUGUUUGAUGUAGAAAACGAUGUAGCUUCUUAUAUAGUUUCUCUUCGAAUAACCCUGUAUAAAUAACAGUAGACGUUGAGCAAGCUUAAGUAUCACAUUUAAUGAAUUUCUGUAAUGGCCACAGUGCAGUAAAGAUAUUCAUGUAUUUAAAAUACAAGUGUACAUUAUAUGCAGUUUUUGAUUUGUUCAGCAACACCAUGAGUUAUAUAAGAAAAGUUAAGGCAAGGUGUAAUUUGGUUAAAUUUCUUAAUUUAAUUUGUAAAUCGAUGUAAUAAAUGGUCACAAUGUUGUAUACCAUGGUAAA